ACUUCAGCAAGAGGACACAUGCUAUACACAGACCUCAGAGUGAAGAUGCUGAUGAUGAUGUGGAUUACAGUAAUGCUUUUUAAUAAAGAUGCACAUUCUGCACAGACAGAUGAUGUCAGUCAGCCGAACCCAAUGAUCACUGCUGAUGUUGGUGAUAAUGUGACUCUGCACUGCUUUCGGCAGAGAGAGGAUAACUCUGGAGUCAUCGUUUGGUACAAGCAAAAAGUAGGACACAAGCCUUGUGUAAUGGUCACAGUUCAUCACCAACCCAAUUAUGAAGAUGAGUUCAAGUCACCAAAAUUCAGCAUCAAGAAAGAAAAAAUGAGCUGCCAUUUAAAAAUUGUUAAUGUAGAACCAUCAGAUGAAGCCAUGUAUUACUGUGGAUUUACAAAAUUUUUAACUACGUUUGGAAAUGGAACAUUUUUAUCAGUGAAAGGUGAGGGAGAUGUAAAAGUGUCAGUGUUGCAGAGCAGUGUGUUGGACUCGGUUCCUGCAGGAGCGUCAGUGACUCUGCAGUGCUCGGUUCUCUCUGAGAGCAGAGCAGCAGAUCUCCAAGUGCUCUGGUUCAGAGCUGCUCCAUCACAAUCCCAUCCGCAAAUCAUUUACACUCAUCACAACAGCAGCCAUCAGUGUGAGAGCAGCUCUUCUACACACACCUGUGUGUACAACUUCUCCAAGAACAUCCUCAGCCUCAAUGAUACUGGCACUUACUACUGCGCUGUGGCUGUGUGUGGGAAGAUCAUUUUUGGGAACGGGACACGAGUACAGUUGGAGAGAUCUGUGGAUCCUGUAGUGAUCUGCCUCGCUGUAGCUUUGGGACUGUGUGUGGUUGUGAUCUUUGCUUUGAUCUUUGUCUUAAUCUGUAAAGGAAGAAACAAGGUGAGAUUAAAACAAGGUUCUGUGACAGACAAGACGCUCAAUCAGGACUGUGACAAUGUGGAGCUGAAUUACGCUGCCUUACAUUUCAAUGAGAGGAGAGCCAAAAGAGGAGGAGUAAAGAAACAACAACCUCAAGAUAUUAUAUAUUCUGAUGUGCGAGGUCCUUCUAUAACUUAGAUUUUAUCUCUAAUCUGAUUCAGUGUCAUUAGUUCUGCUAUCAGGUUUCAUUUUAACUGUAGAUAUGUUUUUGUUAAUGACUGUUCAGACUGAAUUUAAACUGAAAGCUGAAUGAUGUAGAUGUCUCAAAAUCACUGAAACACUGGAGCACUGAUUCUGCCAAGGAGUGACAUGAGAAAGUAGUUUUCCAGACAUUCGUUAAGGGUGUGGAAAAAUAAAAAAGCAUAAAAUGCCCUGCCUCUCAUGCUGUCUUAUGAAUAUUAGUAUCACAAUGUUAGAAAUAUAUCCAUUCAUUAACCAUCCUGAGUAAAACUAGCUAAAGGUAGAAUAACUCUCACAUGUAAUGAAUGAGUCUAACUAAAUAUUAAUACAGAUAUGAACAGGAUAUAUAUUUGGCCCUAAAUUCACAAAAGAAAUCUAGUAGUUUUUCCCCUUGCCUGAUUUCUUCUGUUUUCGCAUAUU